UUCAGCACCGGUACGUGACCGACAAACUCUCAUCAUGGCGAUUGACGACGAACAAAUUCUGGCCGGAAAUCCUCCUGAAGAUGAAGAGGAGGAAGAGGAGGAGGAUGAUGAGGAAGAAGAGGAAGAACUUGAGGACCCAAGAGAUAAGAUGAGGGAGGAGUGCGAGACAUCCGGACACUGUGCUGCUUUGAAGGAUGCCUACGAUACUUGCACAGACCGCGUCAGUUCCAAAUCAAACACAGAGGAGACGUGUACAGAAGAAUUCUUUGAUUUCCUCCAUUGUGUUGAUCACUGCGUUGCACCACAGACGUUCAAGCAUUAUAAAUAAUGGCUAUCCUUGGGUGAUCCUUCUCACUCCAUGAUGACCUCCUAUUACCAGCUUUGCCCUGUUUCCAUGACAACAAGACAUCCAUGCUCCCAGUAUCGACCAAAUGCUUGUACACAUCUUAUAAAUUUGAUGAACGGAACCAGUACAUUGCACAGCAUACAUCUUCGAAAGAUGAAUGAGAGCAAUAAAUUUUAAGAGGAUAUAUGUGACUUCAUAUCAAACAAUGUUCAAGAUUUAUCCACUUUCUCUCCGAGUAUAUUCGAUCUUCUAUUUUGUUUUCUUCUUGAGCAUUGUCUUUUUUAGAUAAAAGAAGAAUUAUUGACGUUCUAACACAUCUAAUUUCUGUAUUCUGUGUUAUGCGUUUCCCUGCCUAUAAACAAUGUUCAAAGUCAGUAAAAUAUUUGUUUGAGCAUCCAUCAAUGCUAUCCACAAAUGUGAAUCAGAAAAUGAAUUUGCAUUUAUUGACUUCAUUAUACAUGUAUUACUAACCCAGUAAUAUGUUUGAUAUAAAGAAAAUGACUAUUUUAAAUUAAUUUGCUUGGAAUCAGGUCAGUUUCUUCUUUGUACCAAAUGUGUUACUGAAGUUUUAUUUAUAAUUCGGAUUGAUAUUCCCUUCCUGUUGUGAAGUAUCAUGCAUUUCUUGCUUCUCUGAGAUGAUUGGUCGUCGUAUCAAUUCUAAACAAUUGAUUUUGUAUUUUGUGAAUAUUAUAUACCUCUACAAAUUUGUGUUUUAUAGAGAGAGAUGUAUUGCAGAUAUUGGGUCACGGCAAGCUGGGAUGUUUACUAGUUAGAAUUUGUGCACAGAUGAAUUAUAUGUAUUGUUAUGAAUUAAAAUAUGAAAAACAUGCA